AUCUAACACUAUAGAAUUUUGAGUAUCAAAAUAAUAAAGGGAAAUUGUGAAUCCUAAUCCUAUUAUUGAAAUCCCACAAUAGAAAUAUCCUACUAAUGAAUAUCCUUAUUCUGCAUCAACUGAAUUCUAAACUAGUUAUGCUGCAAUUAUUGGAAACAAAGUCAUUGCUGUAUUUGUAAACAUACCAACAAACCCAAAGGCAGUACCAACUACUCUUUAUGGAACAGCAUAUUAAACAGUAGGAAUAAUAAUACAGCAAUACAUUGAAUAGGAUAAACCUAAUAAUAUUAGAGGAAUUAUUGAAACAUAAUUAGGAUGUCCUUCAUGGCUUGAUUUCAUGAUACCAAAAAGGAAAUGAGUAAGAAUAAAACAUAAACAUGUUGCUAAAAUAAAUAAUCUUCUUUUGCCAACUUAAUCUACAUAUGGACCAAUUAGGGGAC